UUGUGUGAGUAAACCUAAAAUAUAAUUUACACUAACUCAAAAAUUAUGAGUAUAUAUAUAGGCAUGAUUUUGAUAUGAUACUCAAUUUUUUAUACCUAAUUGAGUGCAUUGGUAUCUUGAUCUAUGUGAGAGUCAUUGAGAGGAGUCAAACAUUUUAUAUAUAUAUAUAUAUAUAUAUAUGAUUUUGAUAUUGUACUUGAAUUUUAUGCCCGAUUGAGUGUACAAGCACGUGAAUUUAUGUGAGAGUCACUAAGAGGAGUUGGACACUAUAUAUCCAUGAUGAGUACCAUGUGAAAUUUUUUUUUAAAGCUUAGAGUUUAGAAUUUAGGGUUUAAUAUUUAGGAUUUAAAAUUUAGAAAUUGGAUUAGAAUAAUGCUCAUAAGCUAUGCAUCAAUGGAUGUAGGUUAACAUUCAUAUAUAGGAAAAUUAUCCUAUGGAUGAGUUCCUACGGACUCUACCAUGCCACCCAGUAUUUUAUUUUAUUUUUUUUAUUUUUUAAAAGUUUUCAAUUAUAUUGAUAAGAUUUUAUUUUUAGAAUUUAAGAGUUGGAUUAGAAUAUUAAGUAUAAAAAAAAAUUUAAAAUCUAAAAAAUAUUCAGGUAUACACAGUAUACGAUAUAAAGUUCAUAAGAUAAUAAAACCCUAUGUAUAGAUAUAUAUAGACGCAUGAAUUAAAUAGAUGAGAUGGACUAGGAGACUCGAUAUAGGAGUUCAAAUAUAUAGCUAGUUAUUUAUACAUGGGCCAUAAAUUCAAUUUAAUUGGUAAAAUAUACAUAUAAAAAAAUUCUAAGUAAAUUAAAUUAUUAAAUAUAAUAAUAUAUUCACUGAGUCGUGUAAUUUAGGAUAAUUGAUCGAAUCAAAUACUAUUAAACAGCUCAAUUUGAGUACCGGAGUAAGUUUACCCAAAUAAUUAUUUAAAUAAUUUAUAUUAUAGAAUAAUUUUUUAACUUUAUUCUUUAUGAAUUUCACUGUGAAGGAAUAUCCAUCCAGUCACUAACGAAACAUUCUGAAGUUAGGAAUCGAGUUCCAUCAUUUUGUUAAAUCAAACUAAAUCAUAAUAAUCAAGAUAUUCAAAUAUAUAUCAUCAUUUACUCUGAUAUUUGAAUUCGGAAAAGACAAAAAAUAAAUAAAUAAAAUAUUUUAAUUAAAAACUCUACUCCUAAAAUAAGAUCGGGCUCAAUCAAGCAUGCUAAAUAUAAUCUGACUAAAUUAAUUAUUAUUUUUGGAUGAAUUAUAUUUUGUCACGACUCUGUUUAAAAAAAACUACUGAUUUAUUUAUUUUUGUCAGUAAAUUGAUGGAGAAUCAAAUUUUAAUAAAAUUCUAAAUUAAAACUCUCGACAUGAUUUUUUUUAAAAAAAAUAUCUUAACAUCUAUUUAUGAAAGAUAUCUUACCAUCUACUAUCUUCCUAUAUUGAAUAUAGAAUUAUGGCGAUGAAUAAUAAUAUUUAGGGGAAAUAUAUUAAUUAUAAACAAUUAGAAUCGUAUAAUUAAGGAAAAGAAGAAUUAUAGGGGAAAGAAAUAAAAUAAAAUAAAAUAAAUUAUAUUUAUCUAACCAUAGACAAGGCACUUGUGGAAAGUACACAAUUAUAGAAAGAUAUAAAAAAUUAAUACACUCUUCUUAUUUAGGUAUAAUUUAGACUCCGGUGAAUAUAAGAAAAGGAAAGAUGGAUAGAUAAAUAAAUAAAAAAAUAAAUAUAUAAAACAAAAGGGGAAAAAAUUUCGAAUAUGGAUAUUUUUAUUAUUAUUUUUAAAUCAUCGUUAUCAAAUAUGAGAGAGAAAAAUAUGAACACAAAAAAAUAAGGAAAAAAGCUCUCAUAUAUCAAUUUACCCUUUAGAGUUUUUAAAUUAACUAAAACACCCUUGAUCGGCAGCUAUUUAAAAUCCACCCCCAGCCACCUUCAGGCUUCAGCACCUCCCACAGGGCGCGGCCUCUCCGUUUCGCCGUAUUCCUCCCCUUUCGGCGUAUCCGAAGAGAGAUCUCGCGCUAGAGAGGGCGUUUUACGAGAACUAAGGACUGCGAUGGAGUGCUAGAGGCGGCGCUCCCGGAGGAUUACCGGGUCUGAUUUCUGUUCCUCUCACGCCUCAAUCCUUUUUUUCCCUCCGUAAAUCUUGUGGAAUAUUGAAGACAUCGGUCCUUCUGUGCUCAAAAUCGAAUCUUUGUUCUUGUGGCAUCGGGUUGGAAGCUUGGCGACGGUGAAAAAUUGUUUCGUGUUCUUGGCGGGAUUAGAUUGGUCGAUCCUGGAUGCAACUGGUCGAUCUCUUUAUUUUGAAGUCGAUUUGAUCCUCUUGGAAUACUAGUUGAUUCUUUGGUAGGUGUGUACUUUUUAUUUUGUUGCCGCUGUAGUGCGACGAUGAGCAAGAGUUUUAGCAGGAGCGUUUCGGCUCGGCUGACGCCUAGGAGUGUCAGCAGCCCUAGGGUUUUGGCUCAACGGAAAUGGUGGGCAGCGCAAGGACCAUCCUUUGGCAAUCUGGCUGUGAUCUUCUGUUUGGUCUCGGUGAUACUGGUUGCUGGAUGUAUGUUGUAUCUCUAUGCUUUUCGAUACUUCGGUCGUGGAAGAUUGAUCUCGGGCUUCUUUGAUGAAUCUGAUGUCUGUAAUGUAUUUGAUGGUAGCUGGGUUCCUGAUGGUUCUUAUUAUCCGCUUUAUAAUAGCACAGAAUGUCCAUUUGCUGAAAGGGGGUUUAAUUGCUUUGCAAAUGGGAGAAAGGAUAUGAACUAUCUUAAAUGGAGAUGGCAACCUCGACAUUGCGACAUCCCUAAAUUUGAUGCACGUGAAAUCUUGGAAAGACUCAGAGGGAAGCGAGUCGUCUUUGUAGGAGACUCAAUGAGUCGUACUCAGUGGGAGUCUCUCGUCUGCAUACUUAUGACUGGGGUGCAGGAUCCCAACACUGUUUAUGAAGUAAAUGGAAAUAAGAUCUCAAAAACAAUUCGAUUCUUGGGGGUUAAGUUCCAAACAUUUAACUUAACUGUGGAAUUCUAUCGAUCGGUGUUUCUAGUACAGCAGGGUUUGGCACCAAAGCAUGGACCAAGGAGGGUUCGCUUGACACUCAAGCUAGACAAGAUGGAUGAUAUUAAUCAUAGGUGGAUUGAUUCAGAUGUUUUGAUCUUCAAUUCUGGCCAUUGGUGGACACCAACUAAACUCUUUGAUGUGGGUUGCUAUUUCCAGAAUGGAGGAGUAUUGAAGCUUGGCAUGUCUAUCAAUUCUGCUUUCAGAACAGCCUUAGAUACUUGGGCAACAUGGAUUGAGACAAUGGUUAACACAAACAGAACUCAUGUCUUCUUCCGAACUUUUGAGCCGUCCCAUUGGAGUGGUUUAAACCAAAAGGCCUGUGAGGUGACGCAGCAGCCUCUUUCCGUGGCUAAAUCUGACGACAGGAGUGAGUUUGCUGAUAUAAUAGCUAAGGUAGUUGGAAACAUGACAGUUCCUGUUACUGUCCUCAACGUAACAUUGAUGGGUGCCUUCAGGAGUGAUGCACAUAUCGGCACUUGGAGCCACCCUUCUUCUAUUCUUGAUUGCAGCCACUGGUGCCUUCCUGGAGUCCCUGAUGCUUGGAAUGAACUUGUCUUCUUUCAUCUGCUAGCAAAUAGGCGGAAAAAAUUAGGUAGAUGACAUGGAAGGAUAGCGAACUUUUCUAUUUCACAAACUAUAUAGAUUCUUUCUGGUUCCACCUGGCUGGAGCUGCAUAAUUAACUCUCAAUAUGAGGUCAGAGCUUGUUAGAGGAAGCCAAUUCACAGCCAUGCCUUAGAAAUGCAUGUUGUCUUUUAGUUUGUUGAGUUCGGAUUAACUCCCAGGGUUUAGGAACUUAUCUCCUCUCUUUGUUUUUUUCUCAAAGAGUUAGAUCCCUGUACCCAAGCAAAUGUAUCUACCUAACACAUCAACGUUUUGAAAAAUGAAGAUAUCAAUUUCGUUUUUUUUCUUUCCC